GGAGAAGUUGAAGCCUCUCCCAACUUCCUUUCUCCUCAGAGAGAGAAAGGGAUGCCGGUGGCGGCUGCGCUCCCGGACUAGGCGGGCGGUCGCUAUCCCGCGAAGCUUGAGCCUCCCGACUUUCCGUCGCGACCUCCGCCAGCUGAGGCUCUUCGAGCCGCUCUCGCGUCUUCUCGGCGCUCUCGCUGCCCUUUCCCCACCGGUGACGCUGCGCGGCGGGGGGGGGCGGCGGGUUGUCUCCGGUGCCGGGUCUGGCGGUUUGACGCUUCCCUCACCAUGUCUCGGGUCCUCAAGUCGGUGGAUUACGAAGUGUUCGGCCGGGUGCAGGGUGUCUGUUUCAGAAUGUAUACAGAAGAUAAAGCUAGGAAAAUGGGAGUAGUUGGCUGGGUUAAAAAUACCAGACAAGGGACGGUUACUGGCCAGGUACAGGGUCCAGAAGAUAAAGUACAGGAGAUCUGUUUCCAGCUUUCUAAAGCGCAGGAGAUGGGGACUUGUGGACAACCAGCCCAUGUCUCUUGGCCCCAAGCAAAGGAUGGCAUUCAAGGUGGAGUUGGGGCCUGCUGGUCCCUUUUGGUUUGGGAGCUUGCUGAUGACAUCGUAGGAAAGCACAUGUGAUCUUUGAUGCGAAGCUUGGAUGCAAUCAGCUCCACACACACCCAUUUGGCCAUACAUCAUCAGUAGCCCCAGUCGUGCCUAUGGGUCAAGCCUAAGCUAUAGGAGUCAGAAGAAACAAUGUGCGGAGCUUUUUCAUUGGAAAAUAUUGCAGAGCUGUUUGAAGAAUGAACUGAAUCUGCACCAUAGGGAGAGCAGGGGCUCCAUAGAGUUCUGAGUUCCAUAGAGUUGUUUUUGCAAAUAGCCUGAUACUUUCCAGAUAUUUAGACUGCAACUCCCAUCAGCCAAGAUCGAUACACAUCUGUGUGAUUAUUUUGCAUGAUUUGUCCUGCUGUUUUUACUAUGGAUCAUUGUUUACUUUGGUUGUGAUAAUUAAUCUAGUGGGUCAAGGAACUGUGCUUGGCACAGAAGUUCCAGCCCCAAACACUGACAAUUGUAUUCA